AUGUCUACUGAAUCAUCUUCUGGCUUUUACUCUCUGAAGGCUGAACUGCCCAAUGGACAAACCUACGACUUUGAACAACUUCGUGGCAAGGUUGUGUUGAUUUUCGGUGGGCAAGAACCUGCGGACGAUGCUGGUAUUCAAGAAUUCUGCACGGUGAACCAUGGCGUCACUUUCCCCCUUAUGAAGAAAUCCGAGGUGAACGGAGACAACACCAACGAAGUUUAUCAAUGGCUAAAGAGCAAGAAGGCUGGUUUCUUGGGCCUCACGAGAAUCAAGUGGAACUUUGAAAAGUUUUUGGUCGACAAGGAGGGAAAUGUUGUGAAUCGCUGGGCCUCAACCACAUCCCCUUCGUCUAUCGCCUCUGAGAUUGAGAAGCUGUUGACCGAGGAACCGAGAUUGUAG